UUUGUGCAAAUUUUUGUUGUCAAUCACAGAUGAAGACAUAAAAUGCCUUUAUAAAUUCUAAAAGGAUUUAAAACGUUUUGUUUUUGACUCAUUAAGUGCCGUGAAUAAGUAUUUACUAGUAUGUGAAAUAGCCUUCAGCAAAUAUUGGGUUUCUUCAAAUUACCCAAUUCUUAUUCAAGUAAGAAAAAUGUGAAGAAAUCAGCUCUGUCUCUGCCUGAGAAGAAUAAAAGUGGAACUUAAAUACUUCAACUUUCCGGAGAUCGAUCAAUUUUAAUCGUGCGAUGUUCGAUUCACAGCUGGCGACGGUUGUGUCAUGGUUCGACACGUGGAACGAGACUGGUCAGGCGGUGGCGUUGAUCAAAAUGGUCACCCGGGUGUCACCCAUCCAGGCCAGGUUCAUUGCGAUUGCGCUUGACCACACCCUCAACAAGUUCAGUGAACUCGCUCUACAGGAACAGGCUGCCAAUAAUCCAGGUUUUGUGGGCAGUCUACUAUUGGAACGGAAGGAAGUAGCCAUGGCUCAACUACUUUUACAUCUGCCACUGCUCAGGCCUGAUAACUAUGAGGCAAAACAGCGCUAUCUGACUCUGUUGCCCUCUGUCAUAAGCCACUCCAUCCAGACCUAUUCCAACGUAGAGGAGGCCAGGCAACUGCUAGCCUACAUCCUGAUACAUCCUGCUCUCAAGGACGCCAAAGGGCAAUUUGAGCCCUGGAGAAAAGCCUUGGGUGAACUUAUUAUUAUGAAUGGCAAUACCAACCAAGCUUGCCAGGCUUCUGCUGCUUCAGUUUCGGCUGGUAUUAAUGUGCCUGGUGGUAGUAUUACGGCGAUUAGUGAUGAAGGAGCCUUCCAGCAGAAAACCAGACGAAGCAACAGUCUGACACCACCUUUCGGGAUUACUCCACCUAACGAAGCCACCUCACAGGAUGACAUGGUGCAAGAAAAAGCGCGACGUUUCUCUCUCUCUUCAGACAGAGAGGUUCAGAAUGCCGGACCUCCUCUCUCCCCGCAAUCUUCACAGGCCUCCUCAGGCAGUGGCUCAGAGGUGCAUCUCGAAGAUCUCAAGCCUAACGAUAAUCCUGGAAUGAGAGACCUACAUUGUUGGCUGAAAUCGUUGAGACUGCACAAGUACGCUAUCCACCUGUCGACGUUGACCUACGAUCAGAUGAUGUCUUUGAACGAGGACACUUUCGACCAAAUCAUAGCGGCCAAGGUCACGCAGGGGGCACGCCGCAAAAUGCUCCUGUCCAUCACAAAACUCAGAGAACGCUACAGUAUUCUCUGUAAAUUGGAACAGGAUGUGAUAAACAAUGGCAACCUCCUUAUUGCAACAGAAGAAUUGAAAACUAUUCUAGAAUCACCCAUGAGGGCCUCGCCUGACGAAGAGAAAGAAACAGUAGAUGAUAUACCUUUCCAUUUUACUAAAGUUUUAGGAAAAGUUUGUACGCAGUUGAUAGUGAAUGGCCUGAGAGAUGACGACUCAAUUUAUCGAUUCAAGAAUCUUCUGGACGUGACCCUGAGUCAUGAGGCGUUUGUCAAUCAUCAUCGAAGGAUAGCCUCGUGGAAAGUACAAAUUGAAAGAUUGAUAGAAUCCCGCUUCUCCACGCCCAACAUGUUCCUACACCCAACCCGGCCAGUUCGCUCGCCGCCAUCUUGGGGCGGACUGCCAAUCCGCUAUCAACCUCCCUCCACUGCCCCCACCCACUGUUCCCCCUCCAUCCCCUCUCACUACCCGGCGCAUGCGCAGCGCAACAGUUUGCCAGUGGUCAGCGGUCUUGAAUCCAACGCCAUGAUGUUCCUCGCCAAACGGCCCAGUCUGCAGGACAGAACGCUGCUCGAGUUAAAAGCAGCCGACGCACACAGUGGUAUACAGAGGACCCAAUCGGCGCCUCCGAACCCCGCAGUCAGCAAUACAGCGUCAGGUGUGACGUCAUCACAGCCAGGUGUGACGUCAUCACCCGUCAGUGAGCCAGAGAUUAACACACGUCUGGAGACGCUCUGCAGACAGAUGACCGAGAAGGCCUUGAGCGGUGGUGCAGAACUAUAAUAAGUAUUACACUUCUUCUGUGUGCCUAUAUAUUUGUAUCUAUUUAUUUAUUGUUUCUGAAAAAAAAUACAAAAACAAUUUGUAGUCCGCUUGCCACGAGUUGACCACUGGCUGAUAGAUAGAUUGUCUCUAUACGAUAGGUUGAUAUCUAUCUAUUUAUUGUCUCAGAAAAUAA